CGCCUGGCUUGGCUGGCGGCCCAAGAGGGAUGGAGCUCUUCUUCCCUCCGGCCUCCCGUCGGGGCUCCCCGCCUGAAGCCGAGCGAGAGGCGGGAGAAGAGCCUGAAGGCGCCCGCGCCAGGGCCCCGGCCGGCGGCAGGAGGCGACCAGCGAAGCCCCUGCCCAGCGCCCGCCCCGCCCGGCACCGCCCUUCCUCUUCCGCGUCGAAGUUCCCCUCGGCGGCUCCGGGCCGGAGCGAGCAUGAAGAAGCCCGACGGGAAGGUGGUGCUCCUGGGCGACGUGAACGUGGGCAAGACGUCGCUGCUGCAGCGCUACACGGAGCGCCGCUUCCUCGAGACCGCCAGCACCGUCGGCGGCGCCUUCUGCCUCCGCCAGUGGGGGCCGCACAGCAUCUCCGUCUGGGACACGGCAGGUCAUGAGCAAUUUCAUGGACUUGGAUCUAUGUACUGCAGAGGAGCAGCAGCUGUUAUCCUCACUUACGAUGUAACCAACUUGCAGAGCAUCUGGGAACUUGAGGAUCGGUUCCUGGCCUUGACAGACACGGCCAGUGCAGACUGCAUCUUUGCUAUUGUGGGGAACAAAGUGGAUCUCACAGAUGCUUUUGCCUUUUUGCCAGAAGCAGGUGAACGUCAGCCCGACAACAGUCUCAUUUCUACCAAGUUGAAAAAACAAGUGCAUAUGAGUGAUGCCAUAGCACUUUAUAAGAAGAUCCUAAAAUACAAAAUGUUGGAUGAGAAGAAUGCUCCAGCAGCAGAAAAAAUGUGUUUUGAAACUAGUGCAAAAACUGGCUAUAAAGUGGACCACGUAUUUGAAACUGUAUUUGAGAUGGUGGUACCAGUAAUUUUGCAGCAGAAAACUGAAGGGUCACUGCAAACUGUAGAUUUAAAUAAUAUCAAGACAACUAAAAACAUACCAUCCAGCUGCUGCAAAUAAAUAACAAAUGAAGGAUAUAUAAAAAUAUAUAUAAAGAUGAACCAGAUCAGCUACUUUUUUGGCAAAACAGAUCUAUGAAACUGAACUUGAUUAAUAGAAUGGAUUAGCAGAGGCAAACACUUAAUUGGGGAAGAUUUGAAACAAUGGUAUAAAAUUUGAUUUUUAAGUAAUGUUUCCCUCUAAAGUAAUUAUUUAAAACUUCUAUAUUUAGCUGAGUGUGAUUUAUCCACAUUAAAUAUGUUAUAUUCACCUGUCUACUGUUUUUCACAUUCUUCUGUCCUGUCCAUUUUAGCAGUGCCACAUAUUUUUGCAUACAGUGUGUAGCAAGAGAGAGUUGCUAAAUUGUACUUUUGCACAAGUACUAACUAGAAAAGACUGAUGUGCAGAAAAGAUACGAGUGCAGAAACAGAAUUUUUUUUUAGUUUCUUAGAAUCAUAAAUUGUAGAGUUGGGUGCUUUGGAUAUGUAGCCGUCCUGAUUCAAACUGGUUAACCCCCCCCCCCACUUCAUUCUCAUAAGCUGUAAGGUUGGAGCCACAGUUGGAAGGGAAAAGUCCCGCACACUUCUGUCAGCAUAAUGUACAAGAGCAGUGAUAAUUUAGAAAGCUGUCUGUAAUCUUAGUCUGGAAGGUUCCCAAAACCUUUAUCGCCAUGUGUCACAUUUCAAACGCGAGAACCCCCCAAGUUGGUUGAGGAUCUUUGAUCAGGUCAUGAGAAUUUCUACCCGCCUAUAAUUAUAUAAGACAAGUAUUUGCAUUUUUUAGAGUUACUGGGAAUGGCAUUCUGAUGGAACUGCUGAGAUAUGCUGUGGUUUCCUAUAUAAAGCACUAUGUGAAUUCAAGCGAGACUUAGCUAGGAGCACCUGCAGCUUUUGAUAUUGACCAUGGUAUUGUCAUGGAUUGAUCCUGACUACCUACGUACCGUAUUUUUUUGCUCCAUAGGACACACUUUUUUCCUCCUAAAAAGUAAGAGGAAAUGUCUGUGCGUCUUAUGGAGCGAAUACGUGGUUCCUGGAGCUGAAUUGCCUAGGGGCGAAAAGCAGAUCGUGCUUUUAAAAAAUAAUAAUAAUAGAAAGAGCUAAAGGCUAACGAGGGAAAGACGGUGUUGAAAGGAAGCAGCUCAGCAGCUGAUUGUAAGAGAUCGGGGAGGGAGAUAAGGGACACUAGCUCCCUUCCUGGCCCCGGCCCCUUGCCCAGCCCUCCAUUGUUGAAUGUUCUGCAGAUGGAGGAUGUUUAUUUCCCCAGCGACAUGUGACUGGCUGAUUAGAUUAUCUGUCUGGAAACUGUAGAAAUGGAUCCCUUUCCUAAAGAAGCUGCAGACCUGUGAGUUGAACCCCAUAAAAACAGGAUUUUUUCCCUUUGCAAAGUAAGCUCAACAACUUUGCGAUGAUCCUCAAAAAUGGAGCUUUCCCCCUUUUAAAAGACAACUGAAGGUGGCCAUGUUUAGGGAAGUUUUUAAUGUUUGAUGCUGUAAUGUUUUUAAUAUUCGGUUGGAAGCCGCCCAGAGUGGCUGGGGAAACCCAGCCAGACAGGCAGGGUAUAAAUAAUAACUUCUUCUUCUUCUUCUUCUUCUUCUUCUUCUUCUUCUUCUUCUUCUUCUUCUUCUUCUUCUUCUUCUUCUUCUUCUUCUUCUUCUUCUCCUCCUCCUCC